AGCCUUGAAAUCUGCCGCCCGCGUCACGUCCAAAGGUAAAUGCGGGACGCGAUUUUCUCCAUGGUAACUUACAAUUCACUUUAGACAUUGCGGGAUGUUUUAUACUCAUGAAUUUCAUUCAUGAAUUUCAUGAACGUUUUUUGCUGCUCGACAAAUGUUCUUACAAUGGCUCACACAUGAUAAUACUAAUCACAUUCGCAACAAUUAACCCUACGAUUUCCGUUCGGAGUGGCGAAACGGAUUGAGAUAAUGGGGACACCUACGAAGCGGAGGAAGCUCAACAAUGAUACAAAGUCCAAUGGUUCUCGAAAUCUCGACUUCUUUUUCGGAAAGCGAAAGAAAGAGGAACAAGAGUUGCCGUCUCAACUAGUGGGUAGUCCAUCCCAAGAUGAUCGCAAUGGCGCCGGUCCCUCCGGAUUGACAGACGAGCAGCUGGCAAGAAAGCUCCAGGAGGAAUGGGAUCGGGAAUCAGUUGGCACAAAUGAGACGACUGAAGGUCUUCCGGUCGAAACCAAUGGGCAGCCGCCUGUGACUUCAGGCUCUGCCAUUUCUACCAGCCAUACAGCUGAGGAGGCACCGAGUGAUGGCAUUUUCAGUCAGCCUACCACAAAACCAAUUAAACCAAUUAUCAAUAAGAAUACCCUUUCACUACAAUCCGCUGGCACAGCAGAAGAUACUAUAUCGUCGAACAUACCAUUGGAUGAAAGCCCUUUGACCUUCGAACCUUCGAAGUAUGUGUUUGACCUGCAAAAACAUUGGACUGUAGAAGGAGGGGAUGCAUCUUACGCUCUCUUGACAAGAUGUUUUAUACUCGUGAAUAGUACUCAGAGCCGCAUUAAAAUAGUAGAUACUCUGGUCAACCUGCUGAGGGUGAUCAUUGAGGGCGAUCCGGAUUCGCUACUACCUACUGUACGUUCAAACCAUUCUUACAAAUCUUCUAUAAGCAAAAUAUAGCAAAUUCCCGUUCGAACUCAUAUAUGAUUCUUUCAAAACUCUCUACGUAACAUACCACAUAUCCCAUGCUCUACCUGUGUUAAUUCUAGAUAUAGGUCUGGCUCGCGACUAAUGCAAUAUCACCACCAUAUAUAUCCCUCGAACUAGGUUUGGGUGGUUCGGCCAUUUCAAAAGCAUUGAAGAACGUGUGCGGGCUAGAUUCAAGGUCGUUGAAGACACUUUAUAACAAGCACGGUGAUGCUGGCGAUGUUGCUUUUGAAGCUAAGAAGAGACAGAGUUUUACCUUAAGAAAACCGAAGCCACUAACGAUAAAAGGAGUCUAUCAAUCUCUAGUCAAAAUAGCUAAGACACAAGGAACCGGCAGUAGCGAGAUCAAGCAAAGGAUUGUCGAUCGAUUAUUGCAAGACGCCAGAGGAGCAGAGGAGAGUCGAUAUGUUGUCAGGACCCUGUGUCAACAUGUGAGUACUUAUUUUAUUUAUUUACCUUCAUUUCCAAACUGUAAUUUUUCGUGGAAUAUCAUUGCUAAAUUUCCUUCCCAUACGAAUAUUUAUGCUAAUUUACCUACAGCUCCGUAUUGGGGCAGUGAAAACCACAAUGUUGAUUGCUUUAUCUCGAGCUUUUCAACUAUCUAGACCGCCUGGAGCAGACUUUCCUCUUAAGUCACAACAAGAGCUGGUAAAGCUCAAGAAGGAAGUCUUGGCCGAAGUGUGGUCGAAGGGUGAAGAAAUCGUGAAAGCAUGCUUUGCUAAAAGGCCCAAUUACAACGACCUUAUACCCGUUUUACUUGAGAUCGGAGUCUGCGAGGAGCUAUUGAUUAGAUGUGGACUAGCCUUACAUAUUCCGUUACGCCCCAUGCUAGGGAGCAUUACCAGGGAUCUUGCAGAAAUGCUUACGAAACUUCAAGGUCGUGAUUUCAGUUGUGAGUAUAAGUAUGAUGGACAACGAGCCCAAGUUCAUUGUGAUGAGAAUGGAAAAGUGUCAAUAUUUUCCAGGCACCUGGAACUUAUGACAGACAAAUAUCCCGAUUUGGUGGCCUUGAUACCGAAAAUACGUGGGGAAGGUGUCAACAGUUUCAUCAUGGAAGGGGAGGUAGUUUCUGUUGAUCGGGAAUCUGGUGAUCUGAAAACUUUCCAAUCUCUGGCAAAUCGAGCAAGAAAAGAUGUAGCAAUUGGCAGUGUGACUAUCGAUGUGUGUCUCUUCUCCUUCGACUUAAUGUAUCUGAACGGAGAAUCACUUCUCAAUCGAACAUUCAGGGAAAGGCGAGAACUUCUACGAGGUUUGUUCGUUGAGGUACCGAAUCGGUUCACAUGGGUAAAGAGUAUUGAUGCUACCUCUCAGGAUUCAGAGGUUGUCUUAGAAUUCUUCAAGAGCGCGCUAGACCGAAAAUGCGAGGGCAUCAUGGUAAAGAUUUUAGAUGAUUUAUCUAAUGCUACGUUUCCUGAGUUCGAGGAAGUCUCCGACGAGACUGAGCCCUGUGUCCCCCAAACCUCCCAAAGGCAAUCUAAGGGGAAGAAGAAAUCUACAGAAAAAGAACCUGAGAAGAAAACGCGCCGAAAAGCUUUAUUAUCUACCUAUGAGCCCGACAAACGACUGGACUCUUGGCUGAAAGUGAAAAAGGAUUACAGUGCUUCAUUUGAUACAUUGGAUUUGAUACCUGUCGCUGCAUGGCAUGGUCAAGGACGUAAGGCCAAAUUCUGGUCACCAAUUCUCCUUGCUGUUCGCAACGAUGAGACAGGCACUCUGGAAGCUGUGUGUAAGUGUAUCUCGGGAUUUAGUGACGCAUUCUACAAGGCCAACAAAGAAUUCUACGCAGAGGGGAGCGAGCAUGUUCUAGGAGGAAAACCAAAUUAUGUCGAUUAUCGAGGUGGGCACCCUGAUGUAUGGUUCGAACCGCAAGAGGUCUGGGAGAUGGCUUAUGCGGACAUCACAAUUAGUCCGGUGUAUAGAGCCGCCAUCGGUCUUGUGAGCGAUGAAAAGGGAUUAAGUUUGAGGUUCCCCAGAUUCUUGAAAAAAAGAGAAGAUAAGUCUAUAGAAGAAGCAAGCACAAGUGAGUUUCUUGCUGGGUUGUGGAGGAAGCAGGAGCAGAAGGUCGAUGAUGGGAAGGACAAAUCAGAGGAAAUAUAUCCGGAGGAGGAUGAGGAAUGAUUGAUAAAUCACAAAGAUAUCCCUACUGAGUGGUAAAAGGGCUAUCGAGGACACCAUACCUGUUGGAAGAGUAUUGUAAUCUUAAUAUUUAUCUGUGUUAGAAAUUGUUACAGGUAAGGCCUGGAUAUCACGCAUCUACAGUAUAUCUGCCAUACUGCAAUUGUACACUGAAUGAAUGAAUAAAAUCACUUUUAAGAAC